AUGGCAGAAAUAUCGCUCUUGACAACUGGCGUGUUGUUGGUUGGUACUUGUCUUUUCGCGGUCAUCAAGCUAUUCAGAAUAUACUACAUUCGCCGAAUACCCGCUCAAAAUGACAGCACAAAAAGUGCAAAGAAAGCAAGUUCUUCAAGCAUUGAACCACUUCUAGACUUUGACUUUCGAAAUGUACCGCCCACUCCUUACCGGCCGUUCAAAACUAUUUCCACGGGAAUUAAAAAAGAACCUAUGAACAACUGGAUUUCCAUUGACAACGGAUAUCUUAGCCGGCUAGCUGAACGCGAAAAUAUCAUUAAUGCUCAUACCACAAAAAGCAUCAACGACGUCUGUGCUACCAGUCUGCUUGUCAAUCCCGCAAUUUCCGAGCUCUAUCAACAGCUUAUGUCUGACUACCUCCCGCAACGUUACCCAACCAUGUUUAAGAUUCUGAGAAAAAAUGAACACGACAUCCAAUCACUACUCAACGUCGUUACUGGGAAAUCAUACCUGAUCAACACUGCUGGAAUGGGCGAGCGACAAAUGCUUCGAAACAUAUCUGAAAACGGGGAAGACGAUUUCUACAUCAUGUGCCCAGAUGAAGAUGACGUUCUUCGCCUUCGAGGGUUUAUUGCUUUUUUUGCACCUGGUGGUAUGUUUUUCCGUUCGAGGAUAGGAAUGUCAAUGAGUGAGAUUCUUGAAUAUGCUGCUGGGGACGACCAGAGACUGGGUGAAGGGUCGGACGAAACAAUAUCUCGAAUCGAUGUGGGUUUGCUAACGAGCUCUUGGUGGUCAAUUCAAACUGAUGGCCCAUUACUCUGGCGUCGCAUCGGCGACAACUUUUACCCGAAUGACGGAGGCACCGAACCAGCUUCGUGGCUUCCCUCGAUUGACGUUGAUAAAAAUUUCCUUCGUGUCGAGCGGCACACCUUUACAAGACUUGCUAAGUCUCAAUCGGUCGUAUUUUCUGUUAGGUCGUACUUGACGCCGUUGAGGCAGAUUAAGGCGGAAGGUGAUGGAGAGGCUCUAGCAAAUGCGAUUCGAUCCAUGCCGGAAAGUAUGGCGGGUAAUAAGAGAAAACUUCACUGGAAGAAUGAGAUUUUGUCGUUCUUAGAGGGGUAG